ACAAUUGAAUAUUUUACUUUGAAUAUUUAUCUAUUAAACGUUCAAAAACUGUAAAUUUUAGACUCUUUUGACUACUGAAUCGGUCGGUGAUAAAUUCCGUGCUAUGUUUCUUACAUCAGCACAAUGGCGGCAACAACAGAAGACGGAAGUAGCGCGAACGUCCAGACAGCUAUGACUUCGGAAAGUCCCCCCGAACCACUGUCAGAUGCGCAGAGGGCAAAGAUAGAGCGAAAUAGACAACGUGCCUUACUCCUGAGGCAAGCAAGACUUUCCAGCAGACCCUAUGCCGACCCUUCAGAAAGACCCAGAGGACAGGGUAAGUCGUCCCAAGGGAAACUGCCAGGCAGAGUGAUAGACUCUGGAGCAGGGUUCCUGAUAGAGGAGGAUGAGGAGGGGGAGGAUCCAACAGCUGACAUCAAGGUUGUGCACAGACCUGGUCCCAUCUUGGAGCCAGACCGUGUCGCCUGUGAGCUGUGUAACAGUGAGAUCAGUGACUCCUUCCUCUACAACAGCUUUGAUGUGCCUGUAUGCGAUGGGUGCAAAGAUAUGGAGGAGAAGCACAAGUUGAUCACCAAGACUGAAGCCAAGCAGCAGUUUCUGCUGAAGGACUGUGACUUUGACCAGAGAGACCCUCCCCUGAGGUGUAUCAUCAGGAAGAACCCACACAACCAGAGAUGGGGGGACAUGAAACUCUUCCUGCUCUACCAGGUGAGAAAACGGGCCUAUGAGAUCUGGGGAGAUGAGGAUGGGCUGGAGCAGGAGAGGGAGAGGAGGGAGGAGAACAAGAGGAUCAAGAAACAGAAGAAGUUUGACAAGGACAUUAAAGAAUUAAGAAAGGCAGUGAGAAGCAGUACAUGGACCAAAGACACCUCCUCUCACCAGCAUGAGUUUGGACCAGAGUCAUACGAUGAGGAGUCAGACAUGUACAGCAAGAAGUGUGGCACCUGUGGGUUUGUACAGUCGUAUGAGAAGAUGUAGAUAUGAAGGAAAUGUUUCUUAUAUUAGUAUGUAGGUACAAAUGUGAUGCUCAGGGAAAUGUAGAGGUUAUUUGAGAACAGUUAAAAUUUAAUUGUGAUCACAUAGUAGACAAUUUAGCAAUUGAAAUUGUCUACAACUUUGCACGAAUAAGAGAAAACUUAAUAUUCUAUUAUCAUCACAUAAACACAUCUUAAU